UUUGCGCAAUUGAUGUAUGCCGAUAAGCGUGAACCCCAAAGGAAUGUCAUAUCUAUGAAUAACGCAAUGGAUGCUUUGGAACAAGCGCUCGCAUCACAGAAGAAGUUUAUUUUAGUACACCAAUCUAACGCACCGAGAAAAACAAUGCUUGAAGAAAUAAUGUCUCUUGCAGAUAUUGAUUCAGAAAACUUAUCACAAGCUUCUCAUCAAGAUGUUAGAUUGAAAGAGCUAAAUAUGGAUGACCAGAAACUUUUGGCAAUCCAAGGCUUUUUGCGCGAUGUAUAUGAAAUAUGCUUAAACAUAGAAGAUGUACAAAACCUUACAGUGAAAGCCAUAAUCGAAUUGGAAAGCCAGUGUGUAGACUCCAAUUUUGAAGAAAACCACGGAAUAGCAUCAUAUUUUCCGGCUCUAUAUUCCGAUGAGCUCUUAUAUACCACAGACAUGUUUUCUCUUCCCACUUUAGCUUCUUCAGCUACGCAUAAUACAAUCGACAUGAGUAAGCCCUACUUGUGUAUCGUUCCUGGCGUAGAAGGGUAUUACGGACGCUUCACGGAAUUGUGUAAGAGACUUAAGCUUCCUGCAAUAGCACUGCAACCAGGCCUAGAUCACCCUAAAGAAACAUUCAAGGAACUAGCUAGUAGAUAUAUUAACGCUUUGGAAAAGAAAUCUGCGCUUCAUAACAAUUUUUAUUUACUUGGAUACGAGCGUGGAGUCCUGAUUGCUUUGGAGAUGGUAGCCAUACUAGAAAGCAAAGGUUUGACUGGCACAGUAUUUUGCGUCGGCGGAACACCAACAGAAGUUGUCGAAGAUUUUAGAAAUAACUUGAAAGAUUAUAAGAAUAAAGAACACUUACAAAUGGCGGUUCUCAAGCAUGCAUACUCUUUAGCAACCAAAGAAGACCCGAGCGUAUUAGACUCAUUGCCUAAAAAUUUGGAUUGGCCAAACAAGCUUGUCGAAUGCAUGGAUCGAAUGCGUGGCAAAUUUCAAUAUUCCAUUGAAUAUACUAAAAAAUGGAUAAAUUAUUUGUACACACAGUUAUCAUCAUCACUAGAAAAUACUUAUGAAAUGAAAAAAAUGAACUCGCAAAUAAUAUCACUGCGACCAAAAUAUAUAACAAGCAUCGACACAUCCUUAGAAAAUUGUUCAAACAAAAAGAUCAUUACGUAUCAACUAGAAUCGUCUUUGCCUACUACCCACCUUAAUAUGAAGUGUGCUACGAUCAUUAAUUCCCACUUGGAUAGAGCCAUAUUAGAGAUAUAUAAUCAUAGGAAUAUUUGUCAUACUUAUUCUUUAUCCAAUGAUGAUGUAACCGCAGAUUGAAUAGAAAAUAGACGGCAAGCAUGAUUGCUACGAGCCAUAAAACGAGACUUCUUAUGGCUCUUAGCAAACUAGGUUGCGAGUGGCGGGCUUUAAUUAUUUUGAUUGACCUAAUUAAAAUCAAAGACCGAUCAAAAGAUAUGUCUAAUGUCCACACUAUUUACUUUUAUCUUCAAUUUUCGUCAUCUUCU